AUGGACAACGUAAAGUUCAACCCGAAGCGGUCAUUCCCAUACCCAAUCGCACUCGCCGACCUCUACAACACGUUUCGCAGCUUCAGUCUCGCGCUGCCACUGUAUCUCGUUGCGGAAGAGUCGUCAGAAGACGAAUUGAUGCACGAUACACGGAAGCCUGCGAAGCCAACAGGGCCGCCAAAGGUGACGAAUCCGUCGAAGCAAAGUAGCUCAUCAGAGCCAACCCGGGCGUCGAAGAAAUCAAGACUGUCACAGCCAGUCGUAGUUUCGAACGCUGCAGAACCAGCUUCCGAAACUACAACGGAUCAGGUUGCGCAGCUUCCACCUGUCGAGUGGGUAUUUUGGGUCCAAGUCAGUGAGGAAGUCGGAUAUUGGCGCCUUUUCUCCGAAUUUCCCAACACUGCACAGGUUCUCUUCAAAUGCAAAUUCAGCACCGAUUACCUCCAGAAGCCAGGCCACGUCGCUGACUACGCGCGCAUGCUUCGCAGUCGAGAGACUUACCGGUACCGCGAUGUGUGUGUGGGGAACGUGACGUAUUGGCGCAGGAACGAGCCCAGCAAGCGGAAGAUAGCAGAGGGUAAUAAGGAGAUGACAUGUGAUACUUGUCUAAAUACGGGGCGGUUCUGCGCGAGGAUGGUGAAGGUAGACGGCGUGGUGAAGUUGGGAUUCUUUCCUGUUCCGGAUGCUGCAAGGAACGGAGUUGGGUGGGAAAAGCUGUAUUACUGGGCUGGAGAGAAGAAGGUGGCAAAGCCACAGCAGAGUUCGUACAUGUGA